AUGGCGCCUAAGAAGAAGUCUGUUCCCGGCAAAGGUGGUAAAUCUGGCGGUUCCAAAAAAGGAUCCGAAAAGAAGGUUGAGCCUCCAACUCGCAAGGUAAUCACUGCUGUUGUCAAGGCUAAAGCCAAAGCUAACCGGGCCAAGAGAGCUAUUCUAAAAGGAAUUAACACCAAGCGUGCCAAGAAAAUCCGUACAAAUGUCAGAUUCCGACGUCCGAGAACGUUCCGGCAACCUCGUGACCCUAAGUACCCCAGGAAAAGCACCUGCAGACGGGAUGACAAAUUUGACCAAUUCCGAAUUGUGAAAUACCCACUCACAACUGAAUCUGCCAUGAAAAAAAUUGAAGACAACAACACUUUGGUUUUUAUUGUUGAUAAGAAAGCCAACAAACAUCAGAUCAACCAGGCAGUAAAGAAAUUGUAUGAUAUUGAUGCAGAAAAAGUCAACACACUUAUCAGACCUGAUGGGGAAAAGAAAGCCUAUGUAAAAUUAGUGUCUGACUAUGAUGCAUUAGAUAUUGCCAACAAGAUUGGAAUCAUCUAA